AUGUCAUUACUUACGCGCGUCAAGGAUUUGGCGUUUAACCCCGAACAUACGAGAUGGAUGACGCCGCUGCUAUUGAUCGCUGAUGCGGCACUUUGUGGUGCGGUUAUUGAGAAGAUACCAUACACCGAAAUCGACUGGACAACAUACAUGCAACAAAUCGCCAUAUACCUCAAAGGCGAGCGCGACUACGCCAAAAUCAGCGGCGACACAGGACCCCUCGUGUACCCCGGCGCCCACGUCUGGAUCUACAGGUACCUGUACGCGUGGACAGACGAGGGGAAGAAUAUAGCGCUUGCGCAGUAUAUCUUCGCGCUGGUGUAUUUGCUUACGCUGGCGGUUGUGAUCCAGUGUUAUAGGAGGGCUAGGGUCCCACCAUACAUCUUCCCCCUGCUUAUUCUGUCAAAGAGGCUACAUAGCAUUUUCGUGCUGAGGUGCUUCAACGAUUGUUUUGCGGCUCUGUUCUUUUGGCUGGCGAUUUAUUGCUAUCAGCGCAAUCAGUGGCAUAUUGGGAGUGCGCUGUAUAGCACGGGUCUGAAUGUCAAGAUGACUUUGCUGCUGCCGUUGCCGGCGAUUGGCAUUAUCAUGGUGAUGAAGCUUGGGGGUAGGGAGGCGCUGACGCAGGCUAUGAUUAUUGGACAGGUUGCGAUUCUGUUCGGAUAUCCGUUUAGGAAGAGAUCGCUAUCGUACUUUCCCGCCGCUUUCAACUUUGGCCGCUCGUUUCUCUACAAGUGGACCGUUAACUGGCGCUUUGUCCCGGAGUCCGUUUUCCUCUCAAAGCCGUUUGCCCUCGGACUGCUGGCCCUGAACAUCGGCCUUUUGUUCGUGUUUAUGUUGACCAGGUGGAUCAAACCUUCCAAACGCAGCUUCCGUGGAUUCCUCAAACUCUGUGUACCGACCAUUGAGCCUCGCGACCAGGACACCAUGGCCAGCAAAAUCACCCCAGACUUCACCACGACCACGAUUCUAACGGGAAUGACUGUCGGCCUGCUUUGCGCAAGAAGCCUGCACUACCAGUUUUACGCGUACAUUGCGUGGUGUACGCCAUUCCUGCUCUGGAAGGCAGGUUUCAACCCGAUCGCGGUGUAUGCACUAUGGGGCGCGCAAGAGUGGGCAUGGAAUGUGUAUCCGAGUACACCUCUGAGUUCGGCAACGGCAGUCGGCGUACUGGCGAUUACGGUCGCGGGAGUAUGGUGGGGAACGAGAAAGGAGUACGAAGGAGUGACCAAAGGAGUCAUCGAAGACGACCAUCCGCAUAAAGAGUGA